GGAAGAUACAGCGUCUGCUUCGCAUCAUUUUAACUGAACAGUAAAAGUAAUUUAAACAAAAUAUAAGAGGUUAAGUUUCAUCAUUAUAUAUCAACAGACAGGAUGUCUAAAUCGUAUGCGUGUGCUAUAUGCACCAAAAGUGUGGGCCCAAAAGAAAGGAGGAAAUUAAAAACAGAUGGCAAUAAACAACUUAUAAAGUACUUGAGAAAGCAUAUGCUAUUGACAGACGAAGUAACAGAGAAAGACGUUGUUCAUAAUUCUUGCCGUCUUAAGUAUACAGCAGAAUCGGCGGCGGCAAGAUUAAGUGCAUCCCCAAAGAAAAAUCCACAACAUGAACCGUCUGACAAGAAAUCGCCGUUUCAAUUAAACAUUCAAUCAGCUGGGUUCAGCCAUACUAUAUGUCCUAUAUGUAACAGGAAGGGCGCUCGGUCCGAAGGGUUUGUAACCAUACCGGGCGAGGCGAUAAUGCAACUGUUCAUCAACAAAAACAUUUUGUUGAAAAAAAAAUCGCGAUGUUGUAACACUCACAUGAGUGGGGGCAAGUUUACACCAGAGACCCUUUCUGCUGAUAUUCAAGGAAAAAUUAGAUCCACAAAAUACAUGGAACCCGAACAGAUAAGCAGUUUAAUUAACUCGCUACGGCAAAGUGCGACACAACGUCAAAAAUCUUGCAUCGAUUUUGACGACCAUCCACAAUGACGGAUGCUGAUUAUUGGAAUCUUACUGGGUUGACGAAAGACCAAUUUUCAACUCUUAUCGGUGAUGUAGACGACAUACGGACAACAAAGACCAGGUCCAUUCGAACAUGCAUCGCAGUGCUCCUAGUCAAACUAAGAACUAGUUUAGGGAAUGCGCUGCUCAGCACUUUGUUCAACAUGACGAUUGCGCAGAGCUGGAUUCAGGAAGGUGAUGUGGUCGUAGUUGACAGAGGUUUCCGAGAUGCGUCGACUGUUCUCGAAGAACUUGGUGUAACUAUGCAGAUGCCAUCUUUUAUGCGAAAGGGGUCUACACAGCACACAAGCGAAGAGUCUAACAAGUCGAGGCUUGUGACGAAGGUGACUAUGUGCGAAUUGUUGGAGCAAUCUGCAACCGCUUCAGACCGGCUCUAAGUAGCGGGGACUCCGAUCAAGACAAAAUAGUUGCAGAGAGAAUGUUGUAUUUGUCAGGGCAGAACAACGAUUUACAACAAUUCAUCUCUGACAACGACAUAGAAAAAAUAACCAAGGCAUCGUGGAAACCGAUGGACGAACUAGACAUAAACUGUCCAAUAAUGACCGAGGAUGAACUUAGAUGUCUAAUCUUUGGUGUAUACACAGUUAAGCUGGCGGCUUCUUAUACACAAGAGCACAUGUCAAGUGACGGAAUAUACUCAAUUCACGGUUAUGUGCACAAUAGGAGUUUGCUGUGCUUGAAGUUCCAAAGUCGGCAUGUGUCCCGAAAGCAAUACCGGUCUUACAUACGUUUUAAGGAGGGGUCAGUCGACGCAUGGUUUUGCAGCUGCCCAGUGGGAGC